AUGGCUGCCAGUAAUGCACACGAAAAUAACAUUUAUCCAUCGUUACUACCUGAUGGAUCUGAUAAUCGCGACCCAAAUGGUAUAAAUAAACAUCUUCAACUGGAUUUUUUCAAUGUUAUUGCUGAGCCUGAUUCGAGCGCUUAUAAUUUUGCAGUAUUGCAUGAAGUUUCAGAGAAAGUUUAUCAAUACAGUAAACUUUGUAUUUACCGUCUAUUAGCUAUUCUUGUUGGUUUACCAUUAAUGUUAUGUUGGGGUAUUAUUUUUGGUGCCUACACAUUCUUUAUGAUUUGGAUUGUUGCGCCUAGUCGUCGUUUAUCGCAAUCAAUAAUUGCCGAAUGUGGUAUUCCUAUUCAAACAGUCAGCGAUGCUGUCAUUGCUCCACUCUAUCGUUCAUGUGGACAAGUAUUUUCUAGUGUUCGCAUAAGUUUAUUUAAUCAAACAGCCGUGGCAACAAAAACAAUUCAAGUAUAA